GUUUCGUCUGAUUUGGUCGCGGCAUCCCAGGCUCGUGUUGGCUCUUCAUCUGGGCCACAGCUUCUAAGUCAUGUCAUUGGAAUGUGCGUUCAUGUAUGGUGUGUCGCUGUGGUUUGGCGCUGCUAUUGCUAUUUGGGAGACAAGAAGGUUGCUGAACAGAUCGGCGAACAACUUCAGGCUACUUCAUUGGCAUUCGCAUAUGAAUAUACUCAGCCACCACCAUAUGCCGACACUGUCGAAAAAAGUCCUCUCACAAUUGCAUGA